CAUGGCGCCGGCCCUUGGAACGUCACUGCCGCAAGUACAUUCUUCCAGAAGCGAGUCCAACCUCACUAUACAUGUUAGAGGAAGACGAGAAAAUGCCGCACAAUAUGAGGCUGCGACCCCGAACACCGGCGAGAAAGGGAAGCCAGUACGGAGCCAAGAUUCGUACCAGAGCGGGCGCCAGCACUGGGAAAUGGAGCAGACGCGUCAUUAUAACGACUGCAGUCGUACUUCUGGUGCUGAUAGUGCGUGCAACCUACGCGUAUUUCACCCACACCGAGCCGAGUACUACCGCUGACGGCGGAAAUGACAGUUAUUACACGGGACGAACUCUCCAAUCUACGGGCAGUAACUCCACAGGUCACCAUGGAGCUGCAUGGGAGAGAUGUGACUUUGAGAAGGCCAACCAUCGCUACGUCUUUCUUAUCCCUUACAUCUUCCUCAUCCUCUCCCUCUUCAUUGGUGUGGCUAUCAUCUGUGAUGAUUUUUUUGUGCCGUCGCUGGAGGCCAUUUCAGAGAAGUUGGACCUCAGUGAAGACGUGGCAGGAGCUACGUUCAUGGCAGCUGGCUCCUCUGCUCCAGAGCUCUUCACCUCGGUGGCUGGAGUCAUUGUCCAGAGUGAUGUUGGUAUUGGCACUAUAGUCGGGUAAGAGCUGCAGAGCCUUUCUAAAAUCACCCAUGUAGAGUAUGUAAUACUACUACUAGAGCAAUUUUCUACAUUGAAAGGCAGGGCAGUUAAAUUCAAGAAGGUGUGUUAUAGUUGUAGUAUUUGUACAAAAGAGUGUGUAUAACUAUUUGUGAACCAGGGAAUAUAAUAUGUGUAUAUAGUAUGUCACACCAUAACUUUCUCUGUAAACACAUUCCCUGUGCAGGAGUGCCAUGUUCAACAUCCUCAUCAUCAUAGCUCUGAGUGCAAUGCUGUCUGGUCAGGUCUUGACCCUGGACUGGCGUCCUCUCGCACGAGACUCGCUGGUCUAUGGUCUCUCCAUUACCGUCUUCAUCGUGUUUGCCUGGGACGGAAAGUUCCAGUGGUACGAAGCACUCAUCCUCCUCUUUCUCUACAUUGGCUACAUCGUCAUCAUGAAGUUUAACUCCCACCUUCUCAGACUGCUUGCCAAGAUUGAAUGCCAAUGGUGCAGGAAUGAAUCCCGCAUCGAGCCAGCGACCAGUACAUCAUCUCUGACAGCUACCCCAGCCGCUGCCGAGGAUGGAACAGUCACCAACUAUGGAGCAGCUGAGAAUGGUGGUCCUCCGUUACAUCAUCAUCAUGACGAGCACGACAGACAUCGUUUCGUGCACUCCCACAGGGGAGAGCUGGCUGGACCUAUCGCCAACAGACGUCGAUCAAGUGUCCACCCUCACCACUCGGACACCCAUGCACACGGUCUCCCUCCCAUCUCACUACCCACCAUACAUCAGAAUCCCGCAGCAGAAGAUGAAGAGGAAGAAGAAGAAAAGACUGCUGAAAAAGAAGAAGAAAAAGAAGAAGAAAAAAAAGAAGAAGAGGAGGAGGAGGAAGAGGAAGAGGAGGAGACUCUAACUCUCAUUCCGUGCUUCCCUCCCAUCAGGACCUCCCUCCCCAGUCUCAAACAGGCCCUCGAGCAAGGGAAACUGGGGAUCGUCAAGUACAUACUGCACUGGAUCCUGUUUGUCUUGGCCUUCCCCUACCUCGUCAUCUACACGUGGACCAUCCCCAACUGCUCUAAGAACCGCAAGUGGUACGUGGUGACAGCGGCGUUCACCAUGGCAAUACUGUGGAUAGCAAUAAUCAGCUUUGGCAUGGUCACGCUGGUAGCUCGAGUCGGCUGUAUUCUCAACAUUGGGGAGUUUACUAUGGGACUUGUGGUGGUGGCAAUCGGUACCAGCAUCCCAGAUGCCAUCAGCUCUAUUCUAGUUGCUCGAGAUGGGUUUGGAGAUAUGGCUGUGUCCAAUGCCAUAGGCUCCAAUGUGUUUGACAUCAACCUCGGCCUCGGGCUACCCUUCCUCAUCAGAGCCAUAAUUGACAGGGGCCAACCAUUCCCCCUACUGGAUGACGAACUCCAGCAAAAGUACGACGAAGGGGAGCUGGUGAUUGUCCCACAUGCCAAGUUUGGAUUCCUACUGAUGUUUGCCCUCAUUGCAAUAGUGGGGACUCUCACAGCCUUCAGAUACAGACUGAACUCAUUCACUGGCCUCUGCUUUGUCCUCAUCUAUGCUCUCUUCCUCACGUACUCCUUUGUUCAAGAGACAAUCUGCAAGAGGGGACAGUUCUGCUAGCCAACACUGGUCAUAUAAUGACCAGGAAAACCAUGUUAUAUGCCAUGUCAUGUAUUUGUGUAUCCUCAUCUCUUCCUCCUAUAAUUAUAUAUAAUGUUUAGCAAUA